GACUUCCUGACCGUGUCGUGGCGUCCGGCUCCAGGUGAGGUGGACAGCUACCUGGUGACGCUGAGCGACCGCCAGAAGACGCUUCACACCGUCUCAGUUUCCAAAUCCAGUCCCGAGUGUGUCUUCAACUCUUUGGUCUCCGGACGUCUCUACAACAUCUCCAUCGCCUCCCGCAGCGGCCCCCACCUCAACCACACCUUCAUCCAGGAGAGGACACAGCCGUCGCAGGUCCAGAACCCGACCGCCACCCACGCGGCGCGGGACGACUACCUGAAGGUGUACUGGCGUCAAGCCGCAGGAGACUUUGACUUCUACCAGGUGUUCAUCAAACACAACAACCUGUUCCUGCAGAACCAGACGGUUCUGAAGACGCAGAGCGAGUGUGUGUUUACCGGCCUGGUGCCCGGCAGGCUCUACACGGUGCUGGUGAGCACCUGGAGCGGGAAGUACGAGACCAGCGCCUCCACCCACGGCCGGACCUUUCCAGCUGCAGUCCGGUCCCUGGUUCUUGCUGGACGGGGAACCGAGGACCUUCGUGUGACGUGGUCUGCAGCCCUGGGGGACCUGGAUCACUACGAAGUGCAGCUGCUGUUCAACGACAUGAAGGUGUUUCCUCCGAUUACGCUGGGCAGCGCCGUGGGAGAGUGUGUGCUGUCAUCACUCACACCUGGACGGCUGUACAACAUCCUGGUUACUACCAUCAGCGGCCCCAACCAGAAGGCCCAGUUCAUCGAGGGCCGCACAGUUCCCAGUAAAGUGAAGAACAUCCACAUCAGUAACAGCGGCGACAGCAGCAGCCUGAUGGUGAGCUGGACGCCCGGUCAGGGCGACGUGGACGGCUACUCUGUGUUCCUGUACCGACGGGACCGGCAGCUGGACGUCCGGCCCGUCCUCAAACACCACAGCCAGGUGACGUUCGGCUCGCUGCAGCCGGGACAGACGUACAGGGUGACGGUCCAGUCGGUCAGCGGAGAGCUGCUGAACAACAGCACGGCCACCGGAUGCACAGUGCCCUCAGCCGUCACCGGGCUGCAGGUGGAGGAGCUCCAGUCCUCCUGCAGCCUCCAGGUGAGCUGGCAGGACGCUCUGGGCGUGUCCGACGGCUACGUCCUGCAGCUUCUGGAUGACCGGAGCUGCCUGGUGACCAACUCCACUCAACCCGCCGGACACACCAGGUUCAGGUUUGACGGCCUCACCCCAGGCAAGAGGUACCGGGUUCUAGUCCAGACCACCAGCGGGGGCGUCCACAGCCCGGGAGUCAGCGCUGGGGCUCGAACACGUCCUGCAGCCGUCAGGGGUCUGUCCAUUCAAGCCAACACCACCACCCACCUGUCCUUCCACUGGUCUCCACCUGACGGAGAGUUUGACUUUUAUGAUAUUUUCUUGUAUAAAAGCGAUGACUCGCUGCAGGAGAGGCGGCGCGGCCAGUCCAGCAGUCAGCAGUGCUCCUUCCAGGGUCUCAGGCCUGGAGCCCCCUACAGGAUGGUGGUGGUGACCCACAGUGGAGAGCAGACCAGCCAGGCCUCCAUCUGGGCCUGGACCGUCCCGGCGGCCGUGGUGUCUCUGACGGCCCGCAGUGGGAACCAGUCCGGCGCUUUGUGGGUGAACUGGCAUCGUGGCAGUGGGGAUCUGAGUGGGUACCUGCUGUCCCUCCACGAGCCCGCCGGCUCUCAGCGGGCCGCACAGCCGCUGGGCUCAGGGGCCACACAGGCGCUGGGCUCAGGGGCCACCGAGUUUGUCUUCUCAGGCCUGGUGCCCGGUCGCCUGUACCGAGCCGAGGUGUGGAGCCUCAGCGGAGAGCUGAGCCACCGGGCCAGCACACUGGGGAGGACGGCUCCCAGACCCCCCACCUCCUUCCUGUUUGGGGGGGUCACCAACACCUCGCUGGAAGUUUCCUGGAGCGGCCCCGUUGACUCAGACUACGAUGACUUCGACCUGCAGUGGACUCCUCGGGACCGGCUUUCCGUCAUCGACCCGUACCACAGCCGCACCUCCGGCAGCCGUAUCCUGAGAGGGAUGUUCCCUGGGCGGCUGUACGCCUUCAGCCUCCGCAGCGUCAGCGGAGCCACGGAGCCGGGGGCCACGGCCAUCUGCAGCACGGCCAUCCACAACAGCAUCCGGACCAAACCGGAGCGAGUCCACAGCCUCCACUGCCGCCCCCAGAGCUCCACCUCCAUCUGCUGCUCCUGGGGUCCCCCAGAGGCCGACUACGACUCCUACACCAUCGAGUGUCUUCACCAGGACUCCCAGGUCCUGGUCUACUCGCGUCGCACCGGCAGAGAGUCCACCGGUUACCUCAUCACGCAGCUGGAGCCCCACAAGCGCUACGCCGUCUCCGUGAAGGUGAUCUCGGACCGGACCACCAGCGACGAGGCUCGGGACAGCGUGGUGACCAUGAUCGACCGUUCAACUGCAGCUGGUUCAGUGACGUCAACGGAGCCGUCAAGUUCUUCACGGUGGUGGUGACCGAGUCUCAAGGUACGUAUGUACACUAUAUAUUAU